AUGCUACCAGCGAACGAGGAGGGCGAUACAUUAGGAUACAUCGCAGAGGAGCCGAGAGGAUUCCUCGCGACAUUUGGUCGUCAAAUAUUACGCACUCAUAGGCCUUUCAGAGCACUUGUCAUGGACAGCGCUGGGACUCCGAUCCUCUGGAGGCUGAAGGAUUUUAAUGAAUAUACGCCCGAAGGUGAACCGGUGCUGGACACGUUUGCCGAAGUGCAGCAGCGAUGGCAUCUUUGGCGCAGACGAUAUGAUCUCUUCUUCAGGGAAGACCCACGCCGCAUUUUGACUGUUGCAACGGAGCCGCAGCCUCAGCCCGAAACAGAACUUUUCCAACAACUUGCCCGGGUUGAUGAAGGACUCCUGGCCUGGGACUUCAGACUAAGAGACGCCAGUGGCCAUGAAUUUGCCAGCAUUCGUCGUGCAUUCCGUGGUUUUGGGCGCGAGGUAGAUCCACGCCAUAAAUCCGGCAAGGAAUGUCAAUAUUUCGUCCGAUUCAGUCCUACCCCGCCCGAGUCGGAAGAUACACACCGAGCACCUUAUGUUGUUCGUGACUUGGGCAUCGAGGAGCGUGCGAGUCUUUUACCUGGAGGCCUGUCUGACACAUGCCCCACGCAGUCAACAUCGAUUUCGACUACUUCUCACGCCAUUCUGAAGGAGGGCAUGGGAUGGGGUUCGGGUGGUUCUCCGGCGAGUGAUGAUUCUCAGCGGGAAUAA